CCGACAAUUUGAGGCCUAGUUACUGAUCUCCUUCUCUAGGUAAUCAGUUGCUAUAGAGGCCGCCGCUUGUCAAUAUUUUGAAUUUCAUUAUCUUAGAUUGUUGAUAGCUGCCCACCAUGUUACUGAAGCGGGUUCUCGUUUCGGCGUUGCUCUCCCUGAGCUCUGUCAAGGCUUUUCCCAAUCCAAAUCACGCCAAUGACCUCGAGGCUAGAGAAGCUGAAGAUAACCUCGUUGCUCGUGGCGGUAACACCGAUUGCGGCUCUUACGCCAGCUGGAACUACGGAAAGAACUGCUGUGUCUGCAAGGAUAAUGGCAAGAAUUACGACUCUAAGUCUAAGACAUGCAACUGUCCUCCUGGUCUGACUUGGAAUGGCCAUCAGUGUGUUCACGACUGUGGUAGCCAGGCUACCUGGCAAUAUGGCAAGUGUUCUUGUAAUAACCAGGGCCAAAUAUACAACCCCAAGACAAAGACCUGCAGCUGCCCAUCCGGGCAAGUAUGGAACGGCAAGCAAUGCGUUGUAGACUGCGGCAAGCAAGCACACUACGAUCAAUGGCAAAAGAAAUGCGUCUGCAAUAACAACGGCCAGGUCUACAACUCUGAUACGAAGACUUGCAGCUGCCCGUCCGGGCAAGUCUGGAACGGCUACGGAUGUGUUGUCGACUGCGGCAAACAAGCACACUACGACAAAUGGCAAAAGAAAUGCGUCUGCAAUAACAACGGCGAGAUCUACAACUCCAACAGCAAAACUUGCAGUUGCCCCGGUGGUCAGUACUGGAACGGCAAGAAGUGCGCAUGCCCCUACGGCCAGAUCUGGAACGGCAAACAGUGUGUUCCAAACUGUGGCAAGCAAGCGCAUUACGAUCAAUGGCAGAAGAAGUGUGUUUGCAAUAACAACGGCGAGGUCUAUAACUCNAAGACCCAAACCUGCAGCUGCCCCGGUGGUCAAUACUGGAACGGCAAGAAGUGCGCAUGCCCCUAUGGCCAGGUCUGGAACGGUAAACAGUGCGUACCAAACUGCGGCAAAGAAGCGCAUUACGAUCAAUGGCAGAAGAAGUGUGUUUGCAAUAACAACGGCGAGGUCUAUAACUCGAAGACCCAAACCUGCAGCUGCCCCGGUGGUCAAUACUGGAACGGCAAGAAGUGCGCAUGCCCCUAUGGUCAGGUCUGGAACGGCAAACAGUGCGUACCAAAUUGCGGCAAAGAGGCACACUUCGACUGGAACCAGAAGAAGUGCGUAUGCAAUAACAAGGGCGAGGUCUAUAACUCGAAGACCCAAACCUGCAGCUGCCCCGGUGGUCAGUACUGGAACGGAAAGCAGUGCGCUUGUCCUUACGGUCAAAUUUGGAAUGGAAAGCAAUGCGUGCCAAACUGUGGCAAAGAGGCACACUUUGAUUGGAACCAAAAGAAGUGCGUAUGCAACAAUAACGGCGAAGUUUACGACUCCAAGACCCAAACCUGCAGCUGCCCAGGUGGUCAAUACUGGAAUGGAAAGCAGUGCGCUUGUCCUUACGGUCAAACUUGGAACGGCAAACAAUGCGUGCCAAACUGUGGCAAAGAGGCACACUUUGAUUGGAACCAAAAGAAGUGCGUAUGCAACAAUAACGGCGAAAUUUACGACUCCAAGUCUCAGACUUGCAGCUGCCCCGACGGCCAGUACUGGAAUGGAAAGCAGUGUGCUUGCCCUUACGGCCAAAUCUGGAAUGGAAAGCAAUGCGUGCCAAACUGCGGCAAAGAUGCCACCUAUGACGGCCAGAAGAAGAAAUGUGUUUGCAACAAACAGGGCCAAGUCUUUGAUUCCAAGUCUCUAACAUGCAGCUGCCCUCCAGGAACAGUUUGGAACAGCUAUGCUUGCGUUCAGGAUUGUGGUAAGGAUGCACACUACGAUUCCAAUCAGAAGUGCUGCGUCUGCAAUAACAAGGGCCAGAUCUUCAACUCCGGAAGCAAGACCUGCAGUUGCCCGUCUGGAACAACUUGGAAUGGCUCUUCCUGCGUUAAACAACCAGAUUGUGGCAAGGAUGCACACUACGAUACCAACCAGAAGUGCUGCGUCUGCAAUAAGCAGGGCCAAGUAUUUAAUUCCGGAAGCAAGACAUGCAGCUGCCCAGGCAAUCAAUACUGGGACGGCAAUAAAUGCGCGUGCCCAUAUCAGUCGACAUGGGACAGCAGCAAGAAGACGUGCAAACAAACCUCGCCUUAAGAUGACGAGAGUGUAGGUAUUCUAUGAGAGUACUGUCCUGACUCUCAUUAACAUAUGGAGGAAUUUGUUAAAUAUGACUACUCUGUUACAUAAAUUGGAACAAGCUGUUAAGAGAAAAAAAUGGCAAACGACUUGAAAAAAAAGGAGGGGGCUUCUUUUGCCUGGAGCAACUUUUCUCUUCUCUUGAGGCGUGCGGUGGGAAUGAAAUGUGGAUAAUGAUGGGCAGCCUCUACACUUUGAGAAAUGCAGCCACUGUA